AUGUUUGGCUGCAUCGUAGCGGGCAGACUGGUCCAAACAAAUUUGCAACAGGUGGAUGUGAACAAGUACGUCUUUGAGCUUUCCGACGCACAGUCCAUCAAUCAUUUAGUCGUAUUUCUUCUCGGUACCAUACCUUUCCAACAAGGCUUUGGUGCAACUGUCCAUUUACUAUGGCCAAACAAAGAAUGGCAGCUAUUGGGAGUAUUAUUAAACGAAAAACCUAGCGCGAUCUUUCGGUUACGGCAAAAUAACAACGCAGCAACAACAACGCCGCAAGUGUCAACACCUGCAACACUCGGUAUUUCCAUUGAACCCAUCGACAUUAUACAACAACAAGUCGAAACGCAAGGUUCAGCAUCCAUGAUGGACACGCCCGGUGAUGGCACGCAAAUGGCUAUCGUGAAACCACCACCCACAACACCUAAUUUGAACCAAGCGGGUCAGCUUGCUUCAAAGAUUCUGGAUAACCUGUACAACUAUGUCACCUCAUUCGUUCAACAAGAUUUGCCACUGGAUGCCAUCCCGCUCUCGACACUCAGCGAUCGAGGCUAUUUACCCCUCAAGGCAUUCCAGACCUGGUACGAAAAUCUUAGUCGAAAACUUGGUAAUGAUCCGAAUUACCUGACUUCGGACAAGAGUGGAUAA